GCUUGACUACAAGGCACUUGGGGAACCAUAUCAACUCGACAACAAUAUGACUGUUCGUAAACAGAACGAAAUCACCUCCGGUGGUUUGGCGGGUUUGAUUGAAUUCGUCAAGUCAAACUCGCCCUACUAUGCCAAGUAUUGGGAGCCGUGUUGGGCUCAGAAGGGCAAUGUGGUCUCCUUGACGGAUCUGCCUGUGGUUGAUCAUAAAUCCUUCUGGGAGGCAAACACCUGCCUUGACAGCAAAGUGAUAACCUCGAAGCAGAAGGAUGGCAUCGUGUUCAAGACAGGGGGUACCACCGCGCACCCAAAGGUGUCAUUCUACAGCCAGAAAGAACUUCAUGGACUCUCACUCCAACUUGCAGAUUGCCUGUCCCGUUGUGGAGUUGUCCAAGGAGACACGGUAGCCAACCUCUUUUACGCUGGCGACCUUUACGGAAGUUUUCUGUUGCACAUCCUAUCCGUGUAUCACCUGUCAAAUGGUGCUAUCCAGCUUCCGAUAGCUGGCCAUGUUACCUUGGAAUCCAUGGAGAAACAUAUCAUUGAGUUCCAAGCUACCGUCGUUCUCGCCACGGCUACAACCAUGUCGCAAUUAUCAGAGCGCAGCCUCAAUGCCGGACGGACCCACCCAUACGUCCGCUUGCUCCUGUUCUCCGGGGAAGCGUUUUAUGACGACCAGGCUGGCCUGCUGAAGGCCGCCUUUCCAAAUGCGACUAUCAGGUCUGUGGUUUACGGAUCAAUGGAUUGCGGAAUCAUCGGCCUGCCGCCAAAGGAGGAUCACUACAACCACGAUCCCCGUUUACACCAGGUUAACAGCCCAAACAUCGUUGUUGAAAUUCUCAACGACGAUGGCCAGCCUAUAAACGAACCAGGUGAGGUAGGGAGCCUGGUAGCGACAAAUAUGGAGCGCCGGCUGAUGCCCAUCAUUCGCUACCCGUCUGGAGACCGGGCCGCGUGGGUUGAUCCGUCUUUGGGUCUUUUCCGCAUCCUUGGAAGAGAUCACACGGCCGUCCGCAUUGGACCCGUUUCCAUUGAUGUUGUGGACCUCAAGCGAGUCGUAGUGCAAGCGAUCGUCACAAGAGAAGACAGAAAGGAUCUUCUCACAGUGAACGUCGUAUACACUCCAGCAACAGAGGAGGAGACCGCGCGGCUGAAGGCAGCGCUUAGAGAAAAGCUAAAUGCAGUGCGGCCAAUGUUCCGGGAACAUGUCGAAAAGGGUCUCAUAAACGCGUUACAAAUCAAGUUCCUCAAGAUGGGCGAACUGGCUGUCAACCCCAGAAGCGGGAAAACUUCUGAAGUCGUGGAUCUCCGCUCGACUACAGUGUAG